GCCAAGAAUGCCUCGACCAACAAAUCCCCACCGGGGUAGCUCCGACCAUCGACCGAUAUUAUGGGCUAUACUAGCCGCCAUAACCGCUAUAAUCUAUACAAAAUACAUACACGACAUCGUAUUCAUCACAUUCGGUGUCGGACGAGUCAUUCAACCGAUCGAAGACUUCCCUUACAAAUGUGAGCGUCUCCGCCACCCUCUCCUGGAAGGAUGCGAGGAUAUGUGGCUGGACCACAGCGGAAGAAAUCUCUAUGCGGCCUGUGCGAGUAUAGAAUCAAGGAAGGGCUGGUCUCCUGGUGGGAAUGCCUACAACAUCUCGGCCAGAACACGCACCGAUCAUAUCUCGGUCUUGAACAUCGAUCAUCCGGGGCCUGAUGGCUUCUAUGGGCUUCACUCGCUGGAGAUCGAGGAUAGCUUUCACGGGGACUUGGAUUUGCAUGGAUUUGACGUGCGCGAUAUGGGAGGGAAACUUCGAUUCUGGUUGAUAAAUCAUAAGCCGCCUGAGGAUGGUGUGACGGGUGAGGUCCUUGAUGCAACGCGGCUUGGGGCCAAUUCUACGGUGGAGAUAUUUGAUUUGAAUAGGGGAUCUACGAGACUGGAGCAUGUUAGGACUAUUGCUAGUUCUGCGAUUAUCUCGCCUAAUGAUCUUGCUGUGGAUGAUGAUGGGGUGGGAUUCUUGAUAACCAACGAUCAUAAUACGAAAGUUGGUUUGUUUCGCCCAUUGACCAUGUUGUUUGGAGGCGGAAGUGUUGCGUAUUGCCGGUCUGACACGGGGAAAUGUCAUGUUGUUGCCGACAAAGACUUCCACUUCCCAAAUGGGGUUACCAAGGGCAACGACGGGCUCUUCUACGUCGCCCACUCAGCGAAGGGAAAAGUAACUGUUCAUCAAAUGGUUGGCGAGCAGCUCGUUCAGGUUGACGAAAUUCUCUUGCACAUUCCACUCGACAAUCUCUCUCGUGACUCGGAGGGUAAUAUUAUUGCUGCUGCAAUCCCUGAUUCUCUCAGAUUUGUGAAGUCAAUGCAUGACCCGGCAGUGUCUGCGCCUGCCGCUGCCUUUAUGAUACGCCGAGCUGACUGGCAAUCGAAUGAGAAUAGAGAGAACCCGUACGAGGUCAUAAAGUUGGUGGAAGAUAAGGACGGCAAAGUUCUGCCGACUACAACAGUUGCAAUUCGCGACACUAACUCACGUCGUUUGUUUCUUGGAGGAGUGGUUUCGCCCUUUAUCGGCAUCUGUAACUAGAUUGCUUCUACCUCGAAGCAUUAACAGUAUCCUUCUUCUACGCACUCCUGUGGCUUUGCCCACCAUGGGAAGGUGCUCAUUUUGGUCAUUGUAGACUGACCAUUUGUCUAAUCUCCUAGGCCAAAAAUCUCCACUACAUAUCUUGUGUGACGCUAGUAGUCGUUACGACACCGUAGUGUUGCUAUGUUGCUUCAACGUAAGUAGAUGAAUCCGAUAAGAAAUUGGUGACUUGCUUCAGUAUGUCUCGCAGUUGCCUAGAGCUACUUGCAUGACGGCCCUUAUUUCAUUCUAGGCAUCGUUUUGCCUACUGUGCCUCUAGAUCUCUAAAGGGAAUCUAUCCACGAGCCGAACGAUAUGGGAGAGCUUGGAAUAGAUAUUGAAGAACAGAGUAAGCAUGAUAGACAGCAGUUGCAUACGGACAAUCUAAA